AUGGAAACGGGUUUGGAUGAUGAAAUUAAAACGUAUCUGACCAAAAAGUUCAACGAAGUCAAUGCCGAGAAACAUGAAAACAUGCUAGCAUUUAUACGAUAUAAGCUUCUUAAUAUCGAAGGGCAUGUUUGGACAGCAAACAACGAGCAAUAUGAUAAUUUUAUAGCAAAUGUAGUUCGCUUUAGUGAACAACUUAAUAGACAUACUCGAUCAAAUGAUGAGAUCCUCACCAUCCGUGAAAAACUUGACCACCACCUUGAAGGAUAUUUGAGAAUCCUGGCCCUGCAUAUACUAAAUAUCACUCCUGUAUCCAUCUCUAAUGAUCAUCCAAGUAAAUGUUUUAAUAUCUUAAGGCUAGGUUUUUAA